AUGAGCUGGCUCUUUCCCCUGACCAAGAGCGCUUCCUCCUCCGCAGCUGGGUCCCCCGGUGGCCUCACCAGCCUCCAGCAGCAGAAGCAGCGCCUCAUAGAGUCCCUCCGGAAUUCACACUCCAGUAUAGCUGAAAUACAGAAAGAUGUGGAAUACAGGUUGCCAUUCACCGUAAACAACCUGACAAUUAACAUUAAUAUAUUGCUCCCUCCACAGUUUCCUCAGGAAAAACCAGUGAUCAGUGUUUAUCCACCAAUACGACAUCACUUAAUGGAUAAACAAGGAGUCUAUGUUACCUCUCCAUUAGUAAACAACUUUACAAUGCAUUCAGAUCUUGGAAAAAUUAUUCAGAGUCUAUUGGAUGAGUUUUGGAAGAAUCCUCCAGUUUUAGCUCCUUCUUCAACAGCAUUUUCAUACCUAUACAGUAAUCCAAGUGGGAUGCCUCCUUACGCAUCUCAGGGUUUUCCAUUUCUUCCUCCAUAUCCUCCACAAGAAGCUAACAGGACUAUCACUUCUUUGUCUGUUGCUGACACUAUUUCUUCUUCAACAACAAGUUACACAGCAGCCAAACCCGCUGCUCCUUCUUUCGGCGUCCUUUCAAAUCUGCCAUUACCUGUUCCCACAACAGACGCUUCAGCACCGAUAAGCCAAAAUGGUUUUGGUUACAAGAUGCCGGACGUCCCUGAUGCAUUUCCAGAACUCUCAGAACUAAGUGUAUCACAGCUUACAGAUAUGAAUGAACAAGAGGAGAUAUUACUGGAACAAUUUGUGACUUUGCCUCAACUAAAACAGAUAAUUACCGACAAGGAUGACUUAGUAAAAAGUAUUGAAGAGCUAGCAAGAAAAAAUCUUCUUUUGGAGCCCAGCUUGGAAGCCAAAAGGCAAAUUGUUUUAGAUAAGUAUGAGUUGCUUACACAACUGAAAUCUACUUUUGAAAAGAAGAUGCAAAGGCAGCAUGAACUUAGUGAGAGCUGUAGUGCGAGUGCCUUGCAGGCAAGAUUGAAAGUAGCUGCUCAUGAAGCUGAGGAAGAAUCUGAUAAUAUUGCUGAAGAUUUCUUAGAGGGAAAAACCGAAAUAGAUGAUUUUCUCAGUAGCUUCAUGGAAAAGAGAACAAUUUGCCACUGUAGAAGAGCCAAGGAAGAGAAACUUCAACAAGCAAUAACAACGCACAGCCAAUUCCAUGCUCCACUAUAG